UUGCCACCCUUGGAGUGAGAAAGAGCACUGAGGGAUAAGCCCGGCAAUGGCGGCGCUGAAUAUACUAUGGCAACCCACAAAUCCAGGGCAGCUGACACAGCCCUCCACCUCACCAUCUCAUUCCAAUUUCAAUUCCGAUAUAAUUCAUACUGAUUGUUAUCAUAAUAAUAGUACUAAUCGGAUAGCUAUCAAAUCCAAAUGGGCUGCCGUCCCAAGAAGAGCACUGACCAAAGUCAGAGCAAAGUUCUCUCCUUUACCUUCCCAAAUGUUGCCUGAAUCCUCAAUUUCAUCAGGCAGUAAAAGUUCUUGGAUACAAGACAAUUCUGCCUGUGGUGAUAAUUUUGUUCACAAUGGUCACAGGCAAGGCCCAAUACAUUCCCGCUUUCCUACAGCCCCUGCUGAAGUUUCAGCUGUGAAGGAUCUAUUUGAUUUCAUAUGCUCAGGACCACUUCUAGACAAGUUCGGUCUAACCACAGAGAAGGUGGCAGAGUCUAUUGAUAAGUGGUUACUGUAUGGCUCAAAAUUGUGUAGAUUGUUUCAACUCGAUGAGUUGUAUAUGACAGAUCCUCAAAAAGUUCGAAUCUACCACUACUAUGUUCCAGUGUUCUUGUGGUGUGAAGACGAAAUUUCUCAGCAUAUGUCAACUUUUAAUGAAGGAGAAGAUAUCCCUCCUUUGGUGAUUGGUUUUAGUGCACCACAAGGUUGUGGAAAAACAACACUUGUCUUUGCACUGGAUUAUCUUUUUCGGAUCACUGGGAGGAAGACUGCAACCUUAUCCAUUGACGACUUCUAUUUAACUGCAGAAAGUCAGGCAAAACUGCGUGAAAGGAAUUCAGGGAAUGCGCUUUUAGAGUUUCGCGGAAAUGCUGGAAGCCAUGAUCUUUCAUUGUCAGUUGAGACACUGACAGCUCUAUCCAAAUUGACUAAAGAAGGGUUGAAAAUGAAACUUCCUCGGUAUGAUAAAUCUGCACACAAUGGUAGAGGUGACCGAGCUGAUCCUUCGACAUGGCCAGAAGUUGAGGGGCCACUAACUGCUGUCCUGUUUGAGGGUUGGAUGCUUGGUUUUAAACCUGUCCCUGCUGAAACCGUCAAAGCUGUUGAUCCUCAGCUUGAGACAGUGAAUAAGAAUCUGGAAGCAUAUUAUGAUGUAUGGGACAGGUUUGUAAACUCAUGGAUAAUUAUCAAGAUUCAAGACCCAAAUUAUGUCUACCAGUGGCGGUUGCAGGCAGAGAUUGCUAUGAGGGCGGAUGGAAACCCAGGCAUGUCCGAUGAAGAGGUUAUGGAUUUUGUUUCACGGUACUUGCCUGCAUACAAGGCUUAUCUCCCUACUCUUUACGCCGAAGGACCCAAGGGUUCUGAUCCAAAGCAUGUCCUUGUCAUUGAGAUUGACGAAGGAAGAAACCCCAUCCUUGGUUGCUAGGUAAAGAUUAGCAGCUCAAUAGGCUUCGGUGCAGGGGGACUUGAUUUUUCCCGUGCAUUUGCUUAGACAUGGUUUUUUGGAUCAGCCUUAUCAUUGUACUAUUGUCUUCACCAUUUUUUUAUCCAACUUUUUGUACAAUUUAAAGGUCAUAUGGUAGGUAUUAUUAGGUGAAACCGUUGAUUUCUUUUUUUUUUUUUCUCCUUCCCCUUUGUUUUAGCAGAGUGCAAAAGGCUAAUAUGGCCGAGAAUAGAUGUAAAUUUGA